AUGGUGCUAAGAAUGGCGAGACUCACUUACGAUGCCGGUGAAACGUCUGGGAAUGUACCACAUCAACGGUCCGACUUUGGAAAUGCUCAUGCAUACAAUGGACUUUGGACAAGUGCCAAAUCGACUCCUUGUUUGCCAAAUAAUUCCGAUUCCUCAGACACUGACUCAGAUAGUCCUCUGUCUCCAUCUGAUAUUUUCUCAACUGAUGAUGACCUAGCUCGAGCGCACUCGCCCCAUUCCUUGGCUGGCCUACAAUGUAGGCCUUGUUCCCGCAUCACCUCCAGACGCUCGGUCGCGCCCACUAUCAGCCACGAAUCGGCUGACGAGUCAUCGCAGUUUGUGGAUUGCCAGACUGAUCAGCCAGUUGUUUCCUGCCCCAUUUGGACCCCUCCAGCCUUGUAUCGUCAACUGAACAGGCUGCCAGUCGAGAAUCGGCUUGCCAUCUGGCGCUUUCCAUCAGUCCCAUCCCAGUCGCCUCUAGAGGAAGAUGAGUGA